AACCUUUUAGCGAAAACAUCAGCUGCUGGGGCAAAAUUUGUUGUGCUAACAAUAAAAACGACCGUUUUGCGUUGAAAAUGGCACUGCGGAGAGCAAACGAGUUGAUCACGGAAUGAUGCAAUGCAUGGACCAUGAUCGUAUUCACAAAGGCGAAUCUCAUCCGCUUCCUGGCCGGCGCAAUAUGUUUGUUGCUGGUGCUGAACUUUGUGGGCUUCCGCACUGACGGAGCCAGCAGUACAUCCCUAAGCAAGUUAAGCAUACGGCGCGUGCACAAAUAUGCGCAUAUCCAUAGGAACGCCAGCGCAAGUGGCGGCAUCCGGCUGCCUGCUGCGCCCCUGGCCCUAUCGAAGGAGCGAGAGCUGCACAACGCUCAGAACUCCACCUCAACGACUGUGAUUGCGAUUGCAAACUUUACUUCCAUUCCAAAAGACUUAUCGCACCCCUUUGCGAACAUCAACAGCACGAACAUGAGCACGCACAAGCCCUUGCCAAUGAAACCAACCAUGUCCGCCCUUCAUGCCAAUUGCACUGAUCCCGAUCCCCGAGAUGGUGGACCCAUCACGCCCAACACAACGCUGGAAUCCCUAGACGUUAUUGAGGCCGAGCUGGGCCCCUUGCUGCGCCCUGGCGGCGCUUUCCAGCCGGACCACUGCAACCCCCAGCACCAUGUGGCCAUUGUUGUACCCUUCCGCGACCGCUAUGCCCAUCUCUCCGUCUUCCUACGCAACAUUCACCCGUUCCUAAUGAAGCAACGCAUCGCCUAUCGCAUAUUCAUUGUUGAGCAAACCAAUGGGAAGCCCUUCAAUCGCGCUGCCAUGAUGAAUAUCGGUUACUUGGAGGCCUUAAAGCUUUACCAGUGGGAUUGUUUUAUAUUUCACGAUGUAGACCUUCUGCCUUUGGACGAUCGCAAUCUCUACAAUUGUCCACGUCAGCCGCGGCACAUGUCCGUUGCGAUUGACACGCUGAACUUCAAGUUGCCUUACCGAACAAUAUUUGGCGGAGUCUCUGCCAUGACACGUGAACACUUCCAGGCCGUGAAUGGCUUCUCCAACUCAUUCUUUGGCUGGGGUGGUGAGGACGAUGACAUGUCCAAUAGAUUGAAGCACGCAAAUCUAUUCAUAUCAAGGUAUCCCGUGAACAUAGCACGCUACAAGAUGCUGAAGCAUCAAAAGGAGAAGGCCAAUCCCAAGCGCUAUGAGAAUAUACAGAAUGGCAUGAAUAAGAUUGAAAUGGAUGGCAUCAACUCAAUCAAGUACGCCAUAUACAGCAUCAAGGAGUUCCCGACAUUCACAUGGUAUUUAGCAGAGCUAAGGAACUCUGAGCGCAAGAGUUAGCUAGAGACAGACCAUACGUGACCUUUAAAGAACUAUCUAUAAUAUUGUGCAUGUACAAAGGACAGCAUUACUUUCUCGAAUAGUAGAAUCGCAGAAUCUCGCUCUCAUUCUCUCAUUUACUAGAGAAACCGAAGAACCCCAAGUUAGACAGUUUAUUAUGUAACGAUCAAGACAUUAGACGCGCACACACAUAUUGUGUGUGUACUCAAUAUACUCACAUAGCCAUGUAUGUAGUAUACUUUUAAUCCAUAAUUUAGCUCCAAAUACGAAGAAUUCGAACCAUAGUAACAAAUGUAGCAAUAAUCGCCCCUCCUUAAAUACUCAAAGUACUCCAGAAUACUUGUAGAGUUUUUGUUAAGUUGUUUAUUAUUUGUUUGUUGUUUGUUUUGUUUUUUAACUCUUCUAUGGUUCUUCUUCUAAUGGUAUUUUAUUCUCUCUCAAUCUCUAUUCUCUUCAAAAGACACCUACACCAAUUCCUACAAGGUGAAAUGUAGAUAUUACUUUUGUGAUAUGCAAAUUGUUAAUCGAUCAGAACGAUUUAUACC